CGGUGCCCGCUGUCGAGCCAAGUGACCUGAUGCCUGCGGUCAUGCCAGUUGACUCGGAGCCCACUGUCGUGCCUGGUGACCCGGUGCCUGUCGCUCCGCCUGGUAGUCCGGCGCCCGCCGCUCUGCCUGGGGGCCCGAGACCUGUCGCUUUGCCUGGGGGUCCGGCGCCCGCCGCUCCGCCUGGGGGCCCGAGACCUGUCGCUCCGCCUGGGGGUCCGGCGCCCGCCGCCCGCCUGGGGGCCCGAUGCCUGUCGCCCCGCCUGGGGGCCCGAUGCCUGUCGCCCCUCCUGGGGGCC